AUGGCCUGGCGUAAUCAAGGAAUCACCGGAUCCAACAACGUGCCUUUGGGCCGCAGACGAUUCGGAGGCGAUGACCCUGGAGAAGAUGACAGCCGUACGGCAACUCCUUCGUCUGCGGACCUUGGGUACAAGCGUGGUAGAAGUCCUGUUAGAGCUGACCCCCCUGCCGACGGCGUGAAGAAGCGCAAGAAGCGCAACCGUUGGGGAGAUGCGCAGGAGAAUAAGGCUGCAGGUCUCAUGGGCUUGCCCACGAUGAUCAUGGCCAACUUCACCAAUGAACAACUGGAGGCGUAUACUCUGCAUCUGCGGAUCGAGGAAAUCAGCCAAAAGCUUCGAAUCAACGAUGUCGUCCCUGCGGAUGGUGACAGAUCUCCGUCCCCCCCGCCUCAGUACGAUAAUUUUGGCAGACGUGUAAAUACUAGAGAGUAUCGGUAUCGGAAACGCCUCGAGGAUGAGCGCCACAAGCUCGUUGAAAAGGCCAUGAAGACCAUUCCUAACUACCACCCGCCCUCUGACUACAGGCGUCCUACCAAGACCCAGGAGAAGGUCUACGUUCCAGUGAAUGACUAUCCAGAGAUUAACUUCAUUGGCUUACUCAUAGGUCCCCGUGGAAAUACCCUGAAAAAAAUGGAGACCGAAUCGGGCGCCAAAAUUGCCAUCCGAGGCAAAGGCUCCGUUAAGGAAGGAAAAGGUCGAUCUGAUGCCGCUCACGCUAGCAACCAGGAAGAAGAUCUUCACUGCUUGAUUAUGGCAGAUACCGAGGAAAAAGUUAACAAGGCGAAGAAGCUGGUGCACAAUGUCAUUGAGACUGCCGCUUCAAUCCCUGAAGGCCAGAACGAGCUUAAGAGGAACCAGCUUCGAGAGUUGGCCGCUCUUAACGGUACUCUCCGUGACGAUGAAAACCAGGCUUGCCAAAACUGUGGCCAAAUCGGACACCGCAAGUACGACUGUCCUGAGCAACGCAAUUUCACUGCCAACAUCAUUUGUCGUGUCUGUGGCAACGCUGGGCACAUGGCUCGCGACUGUCCUGACCGCCAGAGGGGCAGUGACUGGCGUAAUAACGGUGGCUACGGCGGCGCCGGCGGCGGCCGGAGAGCCAUCGGUGGAGGCGAUGCCGUCGACCGUGAGAUGGAGCAACUUAUGCAAGAACUGUCUGGCGGUGCGCCAGGCGAAGAUGGCCAAGUGCCUCGUCGCAUUGAAGCUGGUCCCGAUCAAGGCUACGAUGAUCGCGAUAUGAAGCCUUGGCAACGAGGCCCACCACCAAGCGAUGUGGCGCCCUGGCAGCAGAGAGGCCGCGAUAAUCGUUCCCGUGAUGAUUAUGGGUCUCGCGAUCAUGGAGGUGCGCCUCCAUGGGCUCAGAGCCGCGGAGGCGACUACGGCUACGGCUCACAGGGUGGCGGCUAUGGCGCUCCCCCCGGAGCUGCACCAUGGCAGCAGCAAGCACCUCCCCCACCUCCUGGUGGCCAGUCGUCGUAUGGAUAUGGUGGUUACGGUUCCUAUCCCCCGUCGGCACCCGGUAUGGCACCUCCAGGUGCGCCUCCCGGCUUGGGCGCGCCACCACCUCCCCCUGGCAUGCCGUCAAUGUAUUACGGCUCUGGAGGCAGCCCACCACCGCCUCCUCCGGGUGAAGGACCCCCUCCUCCCCCACCGAGUGAUCAUCCUCCUCCUCCACCUCCGCCAUCUUAA